AUGGUCGUCGGUGCUGCUGAUCACACGGCAAUUUUAGAACACGCUCGUAUCCUCCUCCCUGCACCCGCAGGCAUGAUGCAGAUGAUGCAGUUAGCCACCCACACCACACCACCAAAGGAGCCAGGAGCAGCGCCGGAUUCGAUUGAGCGUGAAGGCCAUGUCCCGUUUGAGGGCAGCCCUCAGCGGUCCUCGACUCAGGAGCGCCCAAUUCAACCACCAGCGACUCGUCGAAACACACCAACUCCCCCAUCGAGCGUCGUCCUACACAUGUGGGCGUCUCGCCGGCGACGUGUUCGGCUGCUCUUCCAGAAGGCCGUCUCGCAGGCCGCCAUGGCGUUUGACUUUCGCAUUGCGACUGACCUUGAUUCGUCGACAGGGCUCUCACAGGCCCGCCGCGCAGCCCGUGCAGUUUCGAGGCUCAAGGGCUCUCUCCAGCAUGUUUCCGGCCACGCUCGCGCCGCAGCAGCCCCCAAGCGGGGACCCGCUGUCCGCAAGCAGCGCCUGAGGGCCGCAGCGCCAGCCUCAUCUCCACCACUCACGCCGCCAAGCCGCGUUGAGAAACGGUAG